CAACCCACACACUGUCACCUACAACCCACACACUGUCACCUCAGCCCACACACUGUCACCAACAACCCACACACUGUCACCAACAACCCACACACUGUCACCAACAACCCACACACCGUCACCUCCACACAGCCUGUAGUCCCCCCUUGACCUACGAGCACAAUGAACUGUUUCCACGGGAAGCUAUCCAACCUGGAGUGUGAUACCAUUCUAAAGUUAUCUCCCCUCGGCUCUUACCUUAUUCGAACGUCCCCCACAGACCCUGACUUGCACGAGUUAUGUUUCCAUGACGGCCGGGUCCGUGAAGGGAACUGCGUCGGGUACUGGAAGAUCUACCCCGCUGACAACGGGAGCUGGUCCAUCAAGAAGGGGGAAGAAUUCCCCGACUACUCGGCUCUACUUCAACAUUACACACAGCGUAAUGUGAUUACGUCCCCUUGCUUGAAAAAACCUUAUGGAGGGGAGGCAAAAGCGGACCAGGGUUUGGAAUCUCUGGAGUGUUAUCUGGGUCACGUUUCGUCACGUGACUCUGAGAGUCUGCUGGCACCGUCACCGCUAGGGUCUUUUCUCAUCCGCGAUGACGUCACGGAAGCUGGCGUCAAGGUGCUGAGUGUUCGGGACCAGGACACAGAUGGCGCUACCUGCGUGAGACACUACCCAAUCAAGAUGGCCGCCGGAAGUGGCGAGUGUGUGAUCGCAAACAUCCGCUUCAUCAGCUGCGUGGAGCUGGUCAGACACUUACAGUAUGACGGAUAUGGCGUGUGUACAACGCUGACCACGCCUUGCUCCAAAAUCACACCGGAAGUAUCGGAUCUUGUGAUACCUCGCGAAAAUCUAAAAAUAGGUUUGGUUCUAGAGGUGGGUCGGCUUGGAAAAGUUUACCAAGGUAAAUUAAACGGUACAACAGAUGUGGCAAUUGUGGAGCUGAAACAUAAUUUAAUUAAGGUUGACGAAUUUAUCCACGAAGAUCAGGAAAAGUGGACAUUUCAGCAUAAAAAUAUAGUUCGUCUUUACGCUUUGUGUGACAGCGGUGAUGCGGUUUUUGUUGUCAUGGAGAGGAUGUCCAAUGGAAGGCUGGUGGAUUUUUUACGUAGCGAACAGACGACUUUCGUUGAUUUGAUGCACAUGGGGACACAAAUAGCAAAAGGUAUGGCCUAUCUUGAAGAAAAGAAUCUCAUUCAUCGAAAUUUAGCAGCAUGCAAUAUCCUAGUGGGUGAAGACAAUAUUGUAAAAAUAUCUGAGAUUGGCUGGACGAGGUUUUUAAAAAAUAAAGCGAGCCAAUCAAAUAACGUUUUAUAUUCCGUGCGUUGGAUGGCCCCGGAAGUGCUGACGUCGGAAAAGUUUUCCGUCAAGUCGGAUGUUUGGUCGUACGGCAUCGUGCUGUGGGAGGUGAUGACGCGAGGGGGCGCGCCCUACUCCGGUAUGGAAGACGACAGGGUGGCGCAGGAAGUCAAACGAGGCUACAAACUGCGGAGACCCAAGGACGCCCCGGAGGGUCUGUACGUGGAGAUGGCCGAGUGCUGGAACCUUUGUCCGGAACAGCGGCCAACAUUUGACCACCUCGUCCAGUUCAUGGAGAACUUUGACUGUAAACACACAAACUGAAACACUGGUAGUCGGAGAUAAAUGAAGAAUUAUUUAAGUUAAAGACUGUGCUACGGGCAUGGUAAAGGAACAUUUAAUACGGCAUAUGCUACAAUAAAUUAGAACUCAAUAAAAAAUA